AGACAGAGAAAGAUGGGAGCUUGAUGAUUUUGGAUAUGUUAAUAAAAUUGACCAAAGUCAACCAUUUUACAUACUUGUCCGUGAUCUUUCCAAACACAUCACAAACAAAGAAAACAGAUACCCUCGUAGAGAUAAGAAAAAUUCAAGUUUAAAUGAUAGUGAUUAUGCAAAUUUUUAUUUAGAAUAUGACGUAAAGAAAACAACAAUUAUUGAGUUAUGUGCAUGGCAUGCUGCUGUCAAAGAACAUUGGACAAAUGAAGAAAGGAAUAGUCAUAACAAACUUCAGGGUGCCAGUAAUGAGAUUGUGCAGUUUUUAGCACAUUUGACAAAUAAUCCUGUUGAUUUUUUAGAUUUAUGCCAGAAGAAAGAGGAAAAAUCUAAGUGGAUUGUGGAUAGCUAUGACAUAAGUUGUCUUUUUGCAGGCACAAUCUCAUGGGAAGAAAUCAGAUCCUUAUCAUUUGAUGAUCCAAAACUAUCAUUUAUUAUCGAUUUCAGCAAGCAUCAGAAGAAAUUACAACAGCUUCUUCCUGAACCAGUAUUUAAAAAAAUCAUAAACAUUCCAAUUUAUUAUUUAGAAGAACCACCACUUGAAUUUAGUAAUUUAUUUAGAAAAUUUUACAGAGACAGAGAAAGAUGGGAGCUUGAUGAUUUUGGAUAUGUUAAUAAAAUUGACCAAAACAAUAAUAAUAGUAAUAUUAAUCAAUUUUUCUAUAGAUUCUCUGUUUGGGAUGAAAAACUUGAAAAUAAAACUAAUAUUUCAGAAGGAACAUGGGAAAGGAUUGUUCUUGAUCCUAUUUUAAAAAUCAUGACAAGGAAAAUAAAUCAUAAAUGUUUUUGGCAAUGGGCAGAGGCUGUUUCUUUGGCAUCUGAUUUUCAGAAAGAAUUAUAUGCACGGAAACCUGAUUUUUGCUUACCAAUGGAUGUUGCAGGUACUACCCAAGAAAUGAUGUAUCAUGAGACUUCAGGAAGUCCUCUUGUUAAGGAUUUGGAUAAGUGGAUUGAAGAUAGGCACAAACUCUUUCGAUUUGGAAGAGAUAGCAAAAAUAUGAUUUGUGAACAAUUAAUAAAUUAUAACAUUAAAUAUUUGGAUGAUCAUGAAGCUCUUUGGAAAAAACUAUGUGAUACUGAAAUUUUUUUGUUUCAAUCAUAUGGUGCAUUAGAAAGACUACACUUAAACUCUUUUGUCCACCCGUGUCUACAGGCGUCGCUUUGGUAUAUUUCAGCAAUAUGCUAUGAAUUUGGAGAAAUCAGAUCAAAAAAUCAUAUAAAACGUGGAUAUUCUGACGGUAUUGGGUAUCUAAACACAGCUGAUAAAUUUCAGCUAGUUUAUAUGGAAGGAUCGAAGCCAAACACUAAUGAUGGCAAAGAAAUUUCAAAUGCCUCAAAAAUAUCCUACAAUCUUCAAAACAUUUUUAUAAAUAUAAUAAAAGAUAACAUAAAAUGUAGACGACGAUUUCCCAAAAUGCUUGCUGUUUUUGGUGGGCAAAGUUUCCGCCUUAGAAUUCACCUACAAUUUUUAAACUAUUGUGGUUAUACCAUUUAUACACUACAUGCCAAUCAUUUUUACAAGUUUCAAAUUCAAAAAACUGAAGAUUGCAAAUUAGCUUUUUUAUGGGUGGAUUAUGGGUGUGAUUCAAGUUUUAUUGUACCAAAAAAGUCAAAAAUUGAAGAUAAUUUAUUCAAAUUUCGAAGUCAAAUUGAUUGUAGUGGCAGAUUUUCAAUUCCUUUUCUUUUAGGUAAUUUAAAAAGUAUUGUGAAUACUGGAGUGAUUGUAAGAAAAGGAGUCAAAUUAAAUCCUUUGGAAUCUCAGGCUGCAUUUGUUCGUGUUCAAGAACUUGAAAAUCAAAUGCACAAUGAAAAAAGAAAAAAGAAAAGAUUAUGA